CUUAAUCAUCAGAGAAACAAUGAGAUGCCCUACCUUCCACCAGAAUGGCUAAACUGAAAAGUACUGACAAGAGCAAGAGUUGGCAAGGAUAUGGAGCAAGUGGAACUCUCACACAUUGCUGUAGGUCACAGAUCAACACAGAAACUCAGACGACAAAGAUAAGUCCCUCCACGCCAUGUCCUACAGACGAGAGCUAGAAAAGUACCGAGACCUGGACGAAGAUGAAAUCCUUGGAGCCCUCACAGAGGAAGAGCUCAGGACGCUGGAAAACGAGCUGGACGAGCUGGACCCUGACAAUGCUCUGCUGCCUGCAGGCCUGAGGCAGAAGGAUCAGACCACCAAGGCCCCCACGGGCCCCUUUAAAAGAGAGGAGCUCUUGGAUCACUUGGAAAAGCAAGCAAAGGAGUUUAAGGACCGAGAAGACCUGGUCCCCUACACAGGGGAGAAACGAGGAAAGAUCUGGGUCCCCAAGCAGAAGCCAGUGGACCCUGUGCUGGAAAGCGUGACGCUGGAGCCAGAGCUGGAGGAGGCCUUGGCCAACGCCUCAGAUGCGGAACUCUGUGACAUCGCAGCUAUCCUGGGCAUGCACACGCUCAUGAGCAACCAGCAGUACUACCAGGCCCUGGGCAGCAGCUCCAUUGUGAACAAGGAGGGACUCAACAGUGUGAUUAAACCUACACAGUACAAGCCUGUGCCCGACGAAGAACCAAACUCAACUGACGUAGAGGAAACACUGGAGCGGAUAAAGAACAAUGACCCGGAACUUGAAGAGGUCAACCUCAAUAAUAUCCGGAAUAUCCCUAUACCCACCCUCAAGGCGUAUGCAGAAGCCUUGAAAGAAAACUCCUAUGUGAAGAAGUUCAGCAUCGUGGGGACCCGGAGCAAUGACCCUGUGGCCUUCGCCCUCGCUGAGAUGCUCAAGGUGAACAAGGUCUUGAAGACGCUGAACGUGGAAUCCAACUUCAUUUCUGGAGCUGGGAUCCUGCGCCUGGUGGAAGCCCUUCCACACAACACUUCUCUGGUGGAACUGAAGAUCGAUAACCAGAGCCAGCCCCUGGGCAACAAAGUAGAAAUGGAGAUCGUGAGCAUGUUGGAAAAAAAUGCAACGCUUCUCAAGUUCGGAUACCACUUUACCCAGCAGGGGCCCCGGCUGCGGGCAUCCAACGCCAUGAUGAACAACAACGACCUUGUGAGGAAGAGGAGGCUUGCAGACUUGACGGGGCCCAUCAUUCCCAAGUGCCGCAGUGGUGUCUAGUGUGCGGAGGGGAAGACUGCGCCUUUGAACUGGACAUGUUCUACUGACAGUCUGUGCUCCGCAGUGGAGCCCAGGAGGCAAAUGCUGGCACAAAACUCUUUGUGCUUCAGUUCCUUAUGCACUAAGAUUCUAGGUUAACUAGUGGUUGUAGAUGAAAAUUUUAUAAAAUGUGGUUAAUGUGAAGUUUUUCUUUAGUCACAGAAGUUCAGUCUGGUUAUUAUUUAAAAACUAAGAAGCCCUCAAAUUGGCAGAUCUUCCUGUAGAUGAUGUGACAGUGGCAGUGACUUAACCCCAAGGAGCCCAGAUCAGUGGCCCUGCUGUGUGUAUUUCAGGUUCAUUUUCAAUGUGGAACCAUAAACAAAAAGGUGCACUCUUCUACCUGGUUUGCAAGUAUUAGAAAAUACUUUAUUACAAAUUUCAACUUAGCUAUUUAGCAAAAAGAACAGAUAAACACCAUUAACUCUCCUUUAAAAUUUAAAAACCUCAAGAUUAAAGUUGCCCAAUUGAUUACUGGAUCAGAGCCACAAUAUUCCCCUUAAGAAACAGACUGAAGCCACAGAGCUCUGCCAGGAAUCAAAGAACACUGAAUUCCUUUUGCUGGAUAUGGGGGGGGGCGGGGGGGGGGGGGGGCGGGGCGGCAGGCAAUGGUGAAAUUUCAAGCUUCAAAAACCCUCCUGGGCAACAAACAUAUUCCUGAGUUACUUAUGAAUAUUUGAGAUGUAUGUACAAUUGAACACUGGAGCAGAAAUAAGUUUUUCCUCAUCGAAGGCCAACCUUAUGACAGAUGUGAAAACUUAUGGCUAAAUACUUGAAAACACCUUUCUAUACAGAAUAGUGGGCAAAUGGCUCAUGUGAGGCCAAAUGCUACAGGGGUGACUUUCCAGUCUACUGUGGAUAUGACGUUUAUCAUGGUCAAGCUUACAGACUUAAACUACCUGUCUCAUCACUUAUUAGACAAAUCACUGCUGCUCUCAUGCAUGGAAAUGAAGCCUCUGAAGGACAACAGUGCAGAAAACCUAGAUAUUAAAGAACUGGGAAAUCCUGGCCAAGCUAUGCAAAGAUGAUUAUUCUUAAAACAUAAUCUUGGUAUUUCUACUGGACCCCGCCCCUCUUUUUUAACAACAUGGCAUCUUUGGGAGUUGGCAAAAAAGUUAAGCCACAGUGCCCUUGUGCCUUUUAACAUACCACAGUGCCAGUUAAACUUGUAUUUUUGUUUGUUGCUUUGGGGAGUUAUUUUCAUUAGGGAUUCAGCAAAUCUUGUGAUAAAGGACAAGCUAAUGAACACAGACUAGGAGGCUUCUGAUGAAGAAGGAAAAAUCUGUGCACUAAACUGUAAUGAUGUGGACAGUACAGGGUAACUAGCGGUGGAGCCUAGGCCUCACCACUAUGAAGAGUGUCUACUGGGGCUGUGAAUGGGCCCAGGAGCGGCACCAUGCUGCAGGGAUGGCCAUCCCCACUCGGCUUCUCCUUGAAACACAACUGCAGCUGCAUUCUGCAUCACUGGAAACUGCAAUGUAAUAUUAAAUCUGUUGGUCAAUG